UUUAACUCAUUGAUACAAUUUGCACCAUCGUCAGACGUCUGCAUACACUAUUUCGCAAAUGACUUAACUCUUUACCGUCAACAAUGUAGUUAAUUUUUUUAAUUAUAUCAUAAUAUGAAUAAAUGGGCUAUCAUACCCAUGUUCGGUACUAAAAAAAGGAAAAUUUUCACGCAAUAAAGCUACAGGCCGUAAGCAUCUGCACAACUUGAAGGUUCUGGAGAACAAAGGUAUGUUUUAGACAUCAAUAUGCCCGAGUCAGGAUAUCAAGUUCUUAGUUCCGAAAGAGAAGAAGAAGUUCGAUUUCAAUUUACACCUAAUAUAGCUAGAACCCGAUGGAAUCAUAUAGAAGAUUUAGAUACAUUUUUUACCAGAAUUUACCUAUAUCAUCAAAGACAUGGGUUUCUAUGUCUACUUCUUCAAGCAGCUCUCGACCUCUUGCAAGUUGUUUUUCUACUGGUGUUUUCUUUAUUUUUAUUCUACUGCAUUGACUAUCCAGUGCUUUUCAGAGAUAAGCCUGCAGACCCAGGAAAAGGGACUAAUAGUACUGAUAAAGUAAGACUAUCUGAUGUCAUUCUGCCAACAUCAAAAUGUAUUAGUCAGUUUACAUUUUUGACAUAUUUAUACAUGCUACCUUUGCUAAUAUUUGCCAUUUUUCGAUUGAUGAAACUAUUUAGUGUGGCAUAUCAUUAUGGUGAUAUUAAAGCAUUUUAUAAUAUUGCUCUACACAUACCUGAUAAAGAAUUAGAAAAUUACACUUGGCGAGAAAUUGUUCAAAAAGUUAUUGAAGCACAAAAAGAACAACACAUGUGUAUACAUAAGCUUGACCUCACAGAACUAGAUAUUUAUCAACGAAUUCUAAGAACAAAAAACUACUUAAUAGCCUUAUUAAAUAAAUCUAUACUUCCUACACGCUUCAAUAUACCAUUUUUGGGCGAAUUAACUUACUUUUCUCAUGGAAUGAAGUAUAAUUUAAAUUUAUUACUUUUCUGGGGUCCAUGGUCACCUUUUGAAAACAAUUGGCAUCUGAAACCGGAAUAUAAACAAGCGGGUAAACGUUUAGAGUUAGCUCAAUCAUUGCGUAAGGCAAUUGGUUGGGUUGCUUUAGUAAACUUAUUACUUUGUCCUGUGGUUUUUACUUGGCAACUUAUUUACAAAUUAUGUGACAAUGCUCAGAUGGUUAAAAAUGAGCCAAGUGUGCUUAGUGUGCGAAUGUGGUCAUUGUAUUCCAAAAUAUAUCUUCGCCAUUUUAAUGAACUAGAUCAUGAACUCAGUGCAAGAUUAAGUCGUGCCUAUGUUCCUGCAGCUAAAUAUUUACAAAGUUUUGCUGCUCCUAUUAGUGUUAUUAUUGCUAAGAAUACAAUGUUUUUUACAAGUGCUAUCAUGGUACCAAUACUUGCACUAACCAUUUAUGAUGAUAGCAUUUUAACAAUAGAACACAUGAUAACCAUAUUGAGUGGAUUGUCACUUUUGUUUCUAAUUUGCCGAAGUCUAGUUGAUGAUGAAAAAGAAAUUGUUUGUCAAGAGUCAUUAAUGACGGCUGUAUUAGCUGAAGUUCAUUAUUUACCAGAUUCAUGGGUUGGAAAAGCUCAUACUCAACAAGUCAGCAAUCAGUUUUCUCAAAUUUUCCCAUUCAAAGCUAAUUAUUUAAUAAACGAACUUAUUUCACCUCUAGUCACACCAUUUAUAUUGCUUUUCUGGCUACGUCCAAGAGCCUUAGAAAUAGUUGAUUUUUAUCGUAAUUAUACUGCUGAAGUAGCAGGCGUAGGUGAUGUUUGUGCAUUCUCGAUGAUGAAUUUAAGAAAGAAUGGCAAUCCCACUUGGCGAUCUCCUGGGCCUAAUACAUCUGAAAAUCCUGUAUCAAAGUUACCACAGGUAGAUCAAGCUGAAGAUGGAAAAAUAGAAAUGUCCCUUCUGAAUUUCUCAGUGCGAAAUCCUACAUGGGAUCCUGUUGAUAUAGAAGCUAAAGAAUUUGUAGAAGAAAUAAUAGCAAAAACACGAAAAGUCUAUCCGGCAACUAGUGAAUCUUUUAUGGAUCCUAUCAUACAACACGAAAUAACAAAUAGCAAUUUACACAUAGCCGAAAUACCUUCAUGUUUACUUGGUCUUGACCAGAGCACACGUUUAUUACAUAAAGAAGGAUUAACUGGCCGCCCUAAUCGAAUUAAUACUAAUUCAAUUAUGUGUUCUUCAGCAUUUACCACUUCUGAUUAUUUAGUGUCAAUUGAAUUAAAUCAGAGUGCACUGUUGCUCCACAGCAUUCAUAGGAAACAGUUGGAAGAGCGAGGUAGUUUUGCAAGUACAUCUGUUGCCCCAUCUACUUCUCAAAAGACCAAUAUUCCUGUUCAAGAGCGUACACCGUUGUUAAAACCUGGUGCUAGAAUAGUUUAACUCUGAUAGUUAAUUCAUACCUUAAAGUUACUGUGAUAUUAAUUAAGGGUUUUUUUAGUAUACUUCCACAAAUGUUUUUUUUUUUUUUUGACUCACUUGUUUAUUUAAUUUAUUACGGGAUGCAGUCAUUUUAAAAUUCAGCUAGCAAUUUGAUAUUGUAAGCUGUAUGUAAAAAAUAUUUGUACAAUAACUUAUUGUAAUGUUGUUAAAUAUUUUUUCAUUAGGUAAUUUUAAUAAAGUUUAAUAACUACGUUUUGUUCUUAUGUAACUGACUUUGCCAAAAUCUGUAUUUUUGAUAUAAUAGUGU